AUGAGAGGAAUUUCAACAACAUCGCUUUUUCUGUUAAUUUUUUCUUAUGCACAAGAAAUAACUGUAGUGGACAAGAUCUUCUCCAGCGAUGUUAAUUGUGAAGCGACAGAAGGCUGCGAUCCCGAAAAUGACCCUAAACAUCCACAGAGAGUAGCAAUAUGUAAAGCAUAUGUUCCUCACGAAGAGUCCACUGACUUGACGUUUUAUUUCGAUGGACAACGAAGAAACAGCGCCGCUGAUAUGGUCUGUGAAAAUAACAAUAAUCGAACUGUUUGCGAAGUUUCAUUGACUUUGACUGAGCCAAUUACCCGGGACAUGCAUCAAUCAGAAGUAAAAUGUGUCUAUGCAGACGAGCGGGACGACAUUGAAAGAGAAUCGACGGCGAAAUUGAAUGUUCUUCAUCCUCCAACAGUUUUAAUGACAGGAGAUCAGAGAAUGUUCAAAGACGAGAAUGUGCUCAACUGUACUGCAUCUGGGUAUCCAACGCCGAUAAUUGGGGUCAAUAGCUUGGUUCAAAAGGAAAUCUCCAAAAGCUACAAAGGCGAGAGUUUGGAUGUUACGGACGGAAUCGCAAUCAUCCCUAAAGAAACAAAAUGGGAUCAAGUGAUUGUCUGCUACGCUCAGAAUGGAAUUAACGCAGUUGCCGAAAAAAGAAAAGAAUCUAUCGUCAGCGCAACAUAUUCGGAUCUCUUCCUGCCUCACUUUUUCGUCAGAUACAUGCUCAUCAUGUAUUUUUUCUUCUUCGGUGCAAGUGCUAUAAUCCUGAUUUACUGCUAUUACGAAAUGCAACGCCCUGAUAAACGAUUCGGCACCGUCGCACGAGGCGGACUAAGUACCAAACCUCUGAUCAACUAA